GAUUGGUUUGGAAAAAUAGAAGACUCAGGCAAGUUGUGCAAGUUGCAUCUCUCUCUCUCUGAGCACAUCUGUUCAAUUUUAAUUUUCCGAUAUUUCUCUUGGCAACCGAAGGUGAACUAAUCACCUAAAUAUGCCUCUUCCGGUCAGAAAUUAUAUAUAGAUGAUCAGUUGGUAUAUUGUGAAUAAUUCAAUUGUAGACUGGGCAAAAGUGCAAUUAAAAAGCUUUUAUUAUUUUCCGUCCGUGGAAAGUCCGUGAGUGAUAAGCAUAGGGAAAAGGUGAUUGAGUGUGAGUGGCAGGUGAAGAAAGGACUUCCUGGGAAAUUGUGUGGUGUUGAGACAAUAGUCGAAAGGGAGGAAAAUGUGGAAAAUUGUUGUUCGUCUCGUUGUGACUUUGCAAGCAAUUUGGGUGGCACAGUGUGCAGCAAUUUCUGCCUUUUGUCCACCCGACAGGAACAUCGUGCCCAUUUCCGUGGACAAUGACGACACCCCAGCCACCUUUUGUGAUUGCCACAUGGCACACUCGGCCCCCUGGGGCCUCCCCACAAUCACCAUCGAUUGCCAGAGCAGGGAAUUGCACAACGACGACCUGCCGCACGACCUCAUACUCCCAUUGGCCGCUGUGGAGAUCACGCUGGCUUGGAACAAUCUCACCAGCGCUCCCACAUUAGCCACCAGCCAAGACCUCACCACCCUCCGCCUUGCCCACAAUGCCAUUGUCACCCUCGAUGGUGCGCCCUUUGUCCACCUGGCUAACUUAAGACUUCUGGACCUCAGUUUUAAUGACAUCGCGACGGUGAGCGAUGACGCCUUCGAUGGCCUCGUACAUCUUCAUCACCUCGAUCUCUCUCACAAUCACCUCAUAAGUUUACCCAGCAAUGUCUUCGGAGGACUUCUGGUACUGCAGGAACUCAUCCUCUCUGAGAAUCCCCUUGCGGACUUUCUCUCGCAGGAAAAUUUGUUCAGCUAUACGGGCAUUACUAAGGACCUCAAGACUCUCGAAGUGGCCAAGUGCAAUUUGACCAAAAUCCACCUAGACGAAGAUUGGUCAAUAUCCAAACUUGUACUACGGUCUAAUGCUUUCCAAGGCGUCCCAGAUAUUCCCGUUUCUGUGAAUCAUCUUGAUUUUGGAGGGAAUAUUCUCAAACACAUCGAUUCUGAUACCUUCCCGCCUUUGCCGGCCCUCGAAGAGUUGCUGCUGGAUAACAUUGUUCCUCUGAAGAGCAUCCAACAAGACUCAUUUCUCUCAGUGUCAAAUAAAUUGCGCAAAAUCAGUCUCGAGGGCUGUCGCAACCUGACCAUUCUGAAUAUUUUGGCUUUUGGCAAUGGAACUAGAGAGGACAAUCCAUUAAGCCUGGAGGAGGUCAAUUUGAGAGGAUGCCGUUUGAGGAAGAUCAACGAAAUAUUUCUGCAACGAGCAGAAAACCUUACAAAACUCCAUUUGGCGGGGAAUCCACUUAUCUGUGAUUGCAAUGUGGAGUGGAUUCACAGCCUGGAGGAAGAAACUGGAGCCCAGUGCAGUCUCCCUGUGAUACUACGGGGGACAAAGGUGUCAGAACUGGACAUGGAUCAGUUCCAUUGCGACACAGUACGCUCCUGGUUCUACACAAUCCUUAAUGGACUGAUUGUAUUUCUGCUACUAUGUCUCUGUGGAGUGGCCAUCUAUUUCCUCGUUGUAAGAUUAAGACCCUCAAGGCGUCAUGUGGUUCAGAAACUAGCCCUCGGCAGCCCCUAUGCCAGAGUCACAAUUCAGCCCAAUCGAGCUGAACAUCUGUGAUUCCUCUCUGCAUUUUCACACAAUUGUCUUGUCUUUUUUGUACGAUAAGUGUCCAAUAAACGAAUUUAGUUUACACCAAAA